UGGUGUUUGCAUUAAAACUUGGAAGUCAAAGAAAACAAAGUUCAAAACAAGAAACCUCCUUUUAACAUCUAUAUAUAACCAUAUAUUCAUAUGCAGGUUUAUCAUACUGAUAAAAUCAUGAGCUCUCCAACAGUUCAACACAUAUCAGAGUGUUUUAUCAAACCAUCUCACCUUUCACAAGACUCUAAGCAAGUCAUUCCUCUUGCAACAUGGGACUUAGCUAUGCUCUCUUAUCAUUACAUCCAGAAGGGGCUGCUGUUUAAAAAGCCUGAUGCUCAAGAUAACUUCACUCAAGUUUUUCUACAGAAGCUUAAAGAUGCUCUUUCUCUUACCCUUGCUCAAUUUUAUCCAUUAGCAGGCCGCCUCGCGAAAAAACAAGAUUCGCAUUCUUUUGCUCUGUUUGUAGAUUGCGUAAACAGUCCUGGUGCAAGAUUUGUCCACUCUUCAGUUGAUACCACAGUUUCUGACAUACUUUCACCACCUUAUGUUCCAAUAAUUGUUCAGUCAUUUUUCGACCAUCAUAAGGCUGUCAAUUACGACGGCCUCAACAUGUCCUUGUUAACGCUUCAAGUGACUGAGCUAAUUGACGGAAUUUUCAUUGGUUGUUCAGUUAAUCACUCCGUUUCUGAUGGCACAUCUUAUUGGAAUUUUUUCAACACUCUGUCUAGAAUUUUCCAAGGCUCAGGAGUCACGAGUCAACCGAUCCACGAGCGCUGGUUUCGUGAUGGUCAUGGCCCAUUUCUCAGUCUCCCUUUCACGCGAGACGAUCAAUUUAUCAGCAGGUAUGAAGCUCCAAUUCUUAAAGAGAAAAUCUUCCAUUUCUCAGUUGCGAAUCUAGCAAGGAUCAAAGCAAAAACAAAUGCUCUCUGCAAAGACAGAGCCGUCAGGAUCUCAUCUCUACAAGCCUUGUCAGCUAUAAUUUGGCGUUGUCUGACGCGUGUACGUUGCCUGACAAAAGAUCAAAUUACUAGUUGUUGCAUGUCCGCGAAUAACAGAUUGAGAUUAGACCCCCCUUUGUCAACAAAUUACUUUGGAAACUGCGUUCAGGUAUUAAAAACUUUUACUACAGCCAGUAAGCUACUUGAAAACAACUUGGAAUGGGCUGCUCUACAAUUGAAUCAAACUAUUGUCCAACACGAUGACAAAUCUGUGCGUGAAUCUGUCACGACAUGGCUAAAAACUCGGCAUCCUAAACAACUGGGACUACCGGAUGAUCCUGGUAACAUUGUAAUAUCGAGCUCACCACGGUUUAAUAUGUAUGGCAAUGAAUUUGGAUUCGGGAAGCCUGUUGCAAUUCUUUGUGGAUAUGCAAACAAGUUCGAUGGUAAAGUGACACUGUAUCAAGGGAGUGAAGGUGGAGGAAGCAUCGACACCGCGAUUUGCCUCAACCCAAAGAUAAUGAGUGCACUGGAAUGUGAUGAGGAGUUCUGGAUGCUCUUGAUAGUUCAAGUAACUAGUCGACGUAACUGGUCCAGAACAUGCGAAUAAAAAAAAUCCCAGGACGGGACAAUUUUCUGUUAAACGACAUUAUAACAUCUCACGUAUAAAUCAAAAUUUUAAAAUUAAGCCCUUUUGUGAUUUUUUCGGUUUAUAUAUAGUCUGUCAGGUACCCGUCUCUAAUAAGAAGCAUUUUCAUGAUUUGUUUAGAUGAUUAUUAAUUCGAGUUGCUUAAAAAGAUUGUAAUGUUCCAUUAAUGUGUCUUUUAAUAAGAGGACCUAUUUACUUAUUUCA